GACCCUCAGAGUGUAACACCGAGCGGUGAGUGUAGCGGGUAAGUUCAAAUAUAGUCACCACUAACGGAGCGACGAUGUCUUCGGUUCAGCAUCUGAAAGAGUUCAUCUCCCAGCGACUGACCGCUGCUGCUGUGGAAAUAUUCGGAGCCUUUGAACAAACCAUCGUCGAGUACGAAGAAGAGCUCGACCGUCAGCGCAGACUGUUGGACGCUGUGUUGAGACCUGAGAUCAAACUACACAGGAUAGUGAUUCCAGAUGUGUGUGAGGAAGAGGAGGAGGUUCCCACUCACCUGCAGAUCUCUCAUCACGUUAAAAAAAACAGUCAGGAUGAAGAUGAUCCAAAUCUUCCACAAAUAAAAGAGGAACGCGAAGAACCACACACCAGUGAGGAAGGAGAGUCGCUUGUUCUGAAGCAGGAGAUCGAUAAUGUGAUGAGUUCAGCAUACGAGGACAAUGCAGCAGAAGCAAAUGGUGACAGUCAGCUUCUCUCACACAACUCUGUUGUCACCCUGAAUGUAGACAACUCUGCUAUGUUAGAGAGUCCCACAGAUGGAAUUACUUUUAAAUGCACUAGUAGUAGAACCUUUAAGGGUAAGUAUGCAUUACAGAUGCAUGUGAAAACCCACACAAAGCAACAUCCAACAUGUAACACAUGUGGAAAGAAAUUCACUUAUUUAUCAAACUUAAAAAGACAUGAGAAGAUCCACACGGGUGAGAAGCCAUUCCUUUGCAAAACCUGCGGGAAACGAUUUACACGUGAUUCAUCUUUAAGAGUUCAUUUGAGAAUUCACACAGGUGAGAAGCCAUUCCCAUGCAAAAUGUGUGGAAAACGAUUUAGACUAAAACUCCACCUGAAAGGUCAUCUAAGGAUUCACACAGGUGAGAAGCCAUUCGCCUGUAAAACCUGCGGGAAACAAUUUAGACAUAAAUUCAGUCUGGAAACUCAUCUAAAGAUCCACACAGGUGAGAAGCCAUUCCCGUGUAAAACCUGCGGGAAACAAUUUAGACAUAAAUUCAGUCUGGAAACUCAUCUAAAGAUCCACACAGGUGAGAAGCCAUUCCCCUGCAAAACCUGCGGGAAACGAUUUAGACAAAAAGCACAUCUAGAUAUUCAUCUGAGGAUUCACACAGGUGAGAGACCGUACCUCUGUAACAUCUGCGGCAAAGCCUACCAGGAUAACAGGAGUUUGAAACGACACGUCAUGGUGCACACAGGUGAAAAUCCUGUUCCUGUGCAUGUGAACAAAGCUUUACAGGUGGUUAAACCUUGUUGAACCACACCAGGUCUUGCACAGUUCUGUGUGGGACUGUGCAAAAGCUCAUAAACAGGAAGUUGAAGUUAUGUUUAUGUGGUAUAUUGUCUUUUUUUAACUGCCUAAUAAUAAAAUUAUUUGUCAUGA